AUGAAAAUAAUUUACAACCAGCCACUUGACUUUUCGUGCUCCACCGAGAUAGUGAUAGAGAGACCAAAACGCAAGAAAAGACGGUCUACUACCGAUACAUACGAUUAUGAGGAUCCUCUGAUCGAGCAUAUGGACAAUGAGGACGCUCCUGUGUAUAUAGAGGCAGAUCUAAGGAACUUUUUCGUAUAUAGCGGCAAACUGAGAGAGACCACGGCACAAACACUCAAAAAGUAUGAGCAGCGACUCAGGAGAAAAGCAAUGAAAGAACAAAUGAGCAAGAGUGAGGAUGUGGCGGCGAAUAAUAUGGCUAACAUUGCAUUUGCAGAGCAAUUCACAGAGAAGGUGCUCAAGUUUUAUUUAGAUGAAAGAAAAAGGAUCAUUGGCGAAAUGCAAGAAUAUUUUAAGGAGAGAAACACUGCUGCGGAUGUAAAUGAAACGAGUAAAAUGGGAAUCAGCGGCGCAGCCAACAAAGUGCUAGGAUCGGUGUUGGAUAUUGAUGGCUUGAUCGAAGAAUACGUUUUGCUGGAAGCUACGUACACGGGCAAAUCAUUCUACGAUAUUUCACACGAUAUCGUGUCUCUGAAUGGACCAUCGUUGAGCACAGACGUGUUGAUAAAAAUAAAUCAGAAGAUGGAGGAGGCCAUUAAAACACUCACGAUAACAUUGAAUGCCAAAGUGCGUGAGCUGAGCGGUUGCAAUAAAUACGAUAAAAACAUCGUUUUUGGUAUUUGCGAUCUCAUGGACAAAAAGAUACGGAAUUAUUAUCUCAGCUUGCUCAUUAAACCGGAACAGAGAAAAAGUUACCGCAGGAUUAGAAGGGACAUUUUUGUGGAAAUUUUUGGUGGGUUUGAUGGCGGUAACUUUGAUCAUCUCAAAAAGCUGGUGCACAGAUUCGAUUACUACAAGGAAAAACGAAAAUUACUUACGAAAUGUGUGUAAUGUUCCCAA